UAUGCCGCCUUCCACUGUGUUGUGUUUUCUGUUACUCGCAUCGCCAUCUUGUUGCAAGUCAAGUAAUGCACGUCUGAGGAAUUUUCGGAAGAACUGGAGAGAUUUUUUGAAUGUAACUGUAAUCGUUAAAUAAGUGUUAAAGCUUAGUGUGCGUGAACAAUCCGGUCAUCCUGCAAACACGCAACUUGCAGUGUGUGUGCGUGUAUGUGUGUGAGUGUGUAUGCGUGUGUGUGUGUGCGUGUUUUAAAGACACUGUAUCCGCUCGGUGUACGAAAUGAGUAUUGAUACACUGCUGGAGGCGGCUAGAUAUCUGGAGUGGCAAGCCCAGCAACAACAGAUUACACGUGAGGAGGAUGAGCGACGACAGAAGACCCUCCUGUCUCGUGGAGCAGAACCCAAGCGUCCCGAAGUUGCUGCCACAUCCAUCCAGCCAGCGCAGGUCAACCACACGACCUGGGCUGACGAGGCACGAACAGAGCCUUACAACCACCAGCCACGCCCUCCAGCCCCAGCCCCAGCCCCUCCCCUGCCUCCACCAGUGCCCAUCGCAGUCAUCCCAAUCCCUGUGGUUCCUGCUAACCCCGCAGCAUCAGCGCUCCAUACGGCCUCUCCCAUUCCAGUGGUAACUCCUCUGGCUACAGCACUAUCCCCUCCAUGCGCUCCUAUACUCAGCUCUGUAGUGAAGGACACACACUCUCCCCCGCAGCAGCAGCAUCUUCAGCAGCUUCAGCAUCGCCCCCUGGUCACCCACGUGAAGGCAGAAGGCAGCACCUUGCCUCAGUCAGGCACCAGUCCCAAGCAGCAGCCUCAGGCCCUGCUGCAGCCGUAUCCAGCCCCUGUCAUCACCCCCCAGCAUGCCUUGCUGGCCCAGCCCACUCUCGCACAGCCUCAGAGUCAUGUAUCACAGCCGGUCCGGCCCAACGGCGCAGCUUUGGAGGACACCCGUGGUCUGGAGGGCAAGAGACGACCCGGAGGAGCAGGAACCAGGGAGGUGCACAAUAAGCUAGAAAAGAAUAGACGUGCGCACCUGAAGGAAUGCUUUGAGACCCUCAAGAGGAACGUCCCGAACGUGGAUGAGAAGAAGACCUCCAAUCUGAGUGUGCUUCGAAGUGCCCUGCGCUACAUCCAGACGCUAAAGCGUAAGGAGAAGGAUUAUGAGCAUGAGAUGGAGAAGCUGGCGAGGGAGAAGAUUGCCACUCAGCAGAGACUGGCCGAGCUGAAGAAUGAUUUGAGCCAGUGCAUGGACAUCAUGGAGAUCGACCGCAUCCUCCGGCAAACGGUCCAACCUGAAGACGACCAGGCUUCCACAUCAACAGCAUCAGAAGGCGAAGACAACUUCGAACAGGACGCAGAAGAUGGAGCCCCGUCCUCAUCCCGCUCCUCGGCCCUGAGAUGUCAGCCGGCACUGCCUGAGCCACGCGGCCCCAUUCUUCCUCCUCCUCCGUCUAUCCUCCCCUCCCACAUUGCCUUCCAGCACAAACCGUCCACCCCUCCCCAGCCCCAGAACACAGCCAUCGCUCCUCAACCCAGUGUCAUCGCGCACGCCUCUGUCUCUCACGCCUCCGUCAUCCAGGCGGUCAAUCACGUGCUACCGGCUGCUUCCAAAUCCAUUGGCCACAUAACCGUGCAUCCAGUGGCCCUUUACCCACAGCCAGUGGCUGUCUCGCAGCCGCCAGUGCUGGGCCACAUUACACAGACGCUGGCUCAGCAGCCCCAGAGCCACAGUCAUGUUAACGGUGCAGCAGUGGGUCAGCAGGGCACCGUGGUGGGAAAGCCCACGGCUGUAGUGGCCCAUCAUCACGCAGGUCUCGUGGGGCAGGCCGUGCUUAACCCAGUGACUAUGGUGACCGUACCGCCUUUUCCUGUCAGCACACUUAAGCUAGCAUGAGACAUGCAGGUUUGUGUGUGUGUGUGUGUGUGUGUGUGUGUGUGUGUGUGUGUGUGUGAGAUCUGUGGCAUGUGAAGAACAUCUGGAUGAUCAGAAGAGCACAGGACUUUGUUACUGAUUUUGCAUUGUGAGCAUGCCUCAUGGCAUGCCUAAACAUGGAAAUGACUCUGGUCGCGUAGACUGAAUGAGAAACGUGAUGCACUUGCAGACCUUAGAGUCAUGAAACGAUGGGUGUUGGUUAUUCGCAGCGAGUGACGGAGGUGCUAGAAACGAAGAACCCGUUUCACUCCCUCUCCAGUCCUGCUCCUCUGAUUAGCUAAUGUACUUAAAUGUCUCAGGCAUCACUUUCUCACCCAGUCACCAAAAAAAGGUAGAAAUGUAAAGAAAAAAAAAUUAUGAACACAAAAAUCAGAGAUGAUCACAGUCAAUGAGAAUGCAUGAUUUUUUGCAUUAUUACCAGAACAUAUUAUUCAUUACUGGGCUGACAUUUGAUAAUACCUAAAUCUAGAAGUGCCUAACCCAUGGUCUAAGUCUAAUGGCGCCCUCUGCUGCUUAAACAUGGUCCUGCUGAGCUUUUUCAGAAGGACGACUCGACUUAUCAACAUGUCCUUUUAGCAAUGUCAACCGCAGGCAGCGAUAAUGGGCGUGAUUGCUGUCCUUCAAACACGGACUGUGAAAUGAAAAGACGACAGAACAUUCAGCAACCAGGAAAGCACUGAAACAUUCAAAACAUAAUCAAGCAGUUAGCCUAUAACCGCAUUUCUUCCAUUAUAAUUGUGUUGCCAAUAUUUUUUCACGAUGCGAUAUACCACUAAAUUUCUGAAGUCUUCUACUGGACAUGCGAUUCACUUCCGCAGAGAAGCAAUCUCACGUUGCUCCUCUAGUUAUACCUGUUGUAUGAAUGUCAAUAUACUGUAUGUGAGAGCUUGUCCUUGGAUUUCUUUUUUAGAAAAGCCGCCUGAUGCAUGGUCAUGUUUUGUGUGCGCGUGUGUGUAUGUGUGUAUGAGCUUACUUUAAGGAGGUGGUAUUCAUUGUAUGAACAUUUCGUCAACUUUUUUACAUUUUACUCUUUUAAUUUAUCUGCCACUUCAGCUUUACAUCGAUGAUACCUAUACACGAUGCUAUCUUCCCAACAUCCAUGUACCAUGUAACACUCAUGUGACCAAGGACACUCAUGUCCUUGUGUUGUUUCCUUAUGGUACUUUCCUUUUUUUAAAAAAUAUUAUUAUUUGCAGUUAUCCUACAAAAAAAUGUUUAUUUUACUACAGAAUGAAAAACUCUGCUAAAGCGGAUUUGAUGCUCUGAUGUACUGUGUCUCAUUGCUACGUACUAUCAACUUUAACCAGAACACUGUGAUACCCUGCUCUUAAUUUACAAUCCCCACCUCCUUCAAAAGAAAAAAAAAAAAAAAAAAAGCAAGUCUGGGGCUUUGAUUUACACGCCUAGGUGAGAAAGUCAUGUGCUUAUGUCCACUUUAGAUGUGAAAAUUUUUCCCUGAAUCUGAUGACAGGAAGAGUGAACGAUACAUGCUGUGCUUUAUAUUCAGUAAAAGAAAUCGCUUACACUUUUGUAAAAAUUUAGUAGUAUUUUCAUUUUUUAAAAUAUUGUCUAUGUAUGUGUAUAUAUAAAUGUGAUGGAUAUGCACGCAUUCACAUAUACGUGUAUGUAUUUGAGGAUUACACUGUUGCCUGGUUUUGCAUGUAGAUUGCAAAUUUUUGUUUUGUUUAACGUUGAUCCCCUCCUUUUUUUUUUUUUUUGGGACCAUGUCUAAUACUGUAUGAUGUGGUGGGGACCAUUAGACCUCAUUCUAACAUUGAUAUUAUAUAUACAUAUAUAAAAAUCUGCAUUUUUCCCUAUGGAGAAAGUUUAAGUUAUAUAUCGCCUGUACAUUUUGGGCUGCAUUAAAAUCUAAUUGUCCACCAUGAAAUAAAACAGUAAUAAUGUUGAAAUAUGCUAGAGUAAUUA